AUGGCUCUUCAACACGGCAAUCCCGCGGACCUCCUCCCCGUCCAUUGGAAAUCCCAAAUUACCGCCUGGUUCGCAGAAGAUACCCCAUCCUUCGAUUACGGCGGCUUCGUCGUCGGCGACAGCGAGCGGACCGCUACCCUCUUUGGUAAAUCCAAAGCAAUAUUAGCGGGCGUACCCUUCUUCGACGAGAUCUUCGCACAAGCAGGAUGUACUGUAAAGUGGCAUCUAAAAGAAGGCGCAGAGGUUGACCCGGGCUCGAAAGGGAAGAUAGCUGUUGCGACAGUUACAGGUCCUGUGCGGAAACUGUUGUUAGGGGAAAGGGUGGCCUUGAAUACAUUGAGCAGGUGCUCCGCCGUAGCGACGAAAUCAAGAAACAUGGAAGAGUUGGUUAGGAAGGCAGGAUAUAAGGGCAUACUUGCCGGCACAAGGAAGACUACGCCGGGAUUCAGGCUGGUAGAGAAGUACGGGAUGAUUGUUGGGGGUGUAGAUGGUCAUAGACAUGAUCUGUCGAGUAUGAUCAUGUUGAAGGACAACCACAUUUGGGCGCGGGGUAGCAUUACGGAAGCUGUGAAGGCAGCCAAGUCCGCAGGCGGCUUCGCGUUGAAAGUGGAGGUGGAAGUUGAUAGCGAGGAGGGCGCGGACGAAGCCAUUGCUGCUGGAGCGGACAUCAUCAUGUUAGAUAAUUUUGAUGGAGAUGGACUCAAGGUUGCGGCGAGGAGUAUCAGGCAAAGAUGGGCUGCGAAACGGGAAUUCUUGCUCGAGUGUAGCGGUGGCUUGACGUCGGAGAAUGUUGGCACAUACAUUAAUAACGAUAUCGACAUCAUCUCUACCAGUUCGAUACACCAAGGCGUACCACAUGUCGACUUCUCUCUCAAAAUCGAUCAUUAG